AUGAACAGCCACAGCCACGUCCACAGCCAUAAUGGCUGCGGGGGGCGGCCGCUGGGCAGUGGGCCGGGUGCCCUGGGCAGAGACCCUUCAGAGCCCGAGGCCGGCCACGCCCCCCAGCCCCCACAUGGCCCGAGCCUCCAGGUGGUGGUGGCCAAGGGUGAGCCAGCCCAGCCCUCACCUGGCAGUCCCCGGGGGCAGCACCAGGACCAGGAAGAUGAGGAAGACGAUGAAGAGGAUGAGGCAGGCAGGAGGAGGGACUCAGGGAAGACCCCGAACGUCGGCCACCGCCUGGGCCACCGGCGGGCACUCUUUGAGAAGCGGAAACGCCUCAGCGACUACGCCCUCAUCUUCGGCAUGUUCGGCAUCGUUGUGAUGGUGACCGAGACGGAGCUGUCCUGGGGGGUCUACACCAAGGAGUCCCUGUACUCAUUUGCACUCAAAUGCCUCAUCAGCCUCUCUACGGUCAUCCUGCUGGGCCUGGUCGUCCUCUACCACGCCCGGGAGAUCCAGCUGUUCAUGGUGGACAACGGGGCAGACGACUGGCGCAUCGCCAUGACGUGCGAGCGCGUCUUCCUCAUCUCUCUGGAGCUCGCCGUGUGCGCCAUCCACCCGGUGCCCGGCCACUACCGCUUCACGUGGACCGCGCGGCUGGCCUUCACGUACGCGCCGUCGGCGGCCGAGGCCGACGUGGACGUGCUGCUGUCCGUGCCCAUGUUCCUGCGCCUCUACCUGCUGGGCCGCGUGAUGCUGCUGCACAGCAAGAUAUUCACAGACGCUUCCAGCCGCAGCAUCGGCGCCCUCAACAAGAUCACCUUCAACACACGCUUCGUCAUGAAGACGCUCAUGACCAUCUGCCCGGGCACCGUGCUGCUCGUCUUCAGCAUCUCCUCCUGGAUCAUCGCCGCCUGGACCGUGCGAGUCUGUGAGAGGUACCAUGACAAGCAGGAAGUGACCAGCAACUUUUUGGGGGCCAUGUGGCUCAUCUCCAUCACCUUCCUCUCCAUCGGCUAUGGUGACAUGGUGCCUCACACCUACUGCGGGAAGGGUGUGUGCCUGCUCACUGGCAUCAUGGGGGCUGGCUGCACAGCGCUCGUGGUGGCCGUGGUGGCCCGGAAACUGGAGCUCACCAAGGCAGAGAAACACGUGCACAACUUCAUGAUGGACACUCAGCUCACCAAGCGGGUAAAAAAUGCCGCUGCUAACGUUCUCAGGGAGACGUGGCUCAUCUACAAACACACCAGGCUGGUGAAGAAGCCAGACCACGCCCGGGUUCGGAAACACCAGCGUAAGUUCCUCCAAGCCAUCCAUCAGCUCCGGAGUGUGAAGAUUGAGCAGGGGAAGCUGAAUGACCAGGCCAACACUCUCGCCGACCUGGCCAAGACCCAGAAUGUCCUGUACGACCUCAUGUCCGAGCUGCACGCCCAGCACGAGGAGCUUGAGGCCCGCCUGGCUGCCCUUGAAAGCCGCCUGGAUGCACUGGGCACCUCCCUGCAGGCCCUGCCCGGCCUCAUCGCCCAAGCCAUACGCCCGCCCCCACCACCCCUGCCUCCCCGGCCUGGCCCCGGACCCCUGGACCAGGCAGCCCGGAGCCCCCCAUGCCAGUGGCCACCCGUGGCCGCUUCAGACUGCGGGUGA